CAUGGCUCGCCGCGGCCUCCUCCGCGGCUUCCUCCAUGCCUUCAAACACCUCUUACACGUUUUCCACUUCUUCCACUCCUUCCACCUCCUCCUCCACUUCUUCCCCUUCUUCUUCAGCUUCAACUGAACCCUCCACCACUCCAACGUCACAUGGCUCUCCGCAACCUCCUCGCCGCCAUCCUCCUCUUCUCCGCCGUCGUAGCCGCCGUCGCCAGCUUCGAGGAUGAGAACAUUAUCCAGCGCACGAACCGGUUCGGGUCGAUCGAGCCGGCGAUCCUCCACGCCAUUGGAAACACCCGUCACGCCUUCCGCUUCGCCCAUCGGUAUGGGAAGAACUACCGAUCGGUGGAGGAAAUCAGGAGAAGGUUUGAGAUCUUCGUGGAGAAUUUGCAGCUUAUACAAUCCAGCAAUCGGAAGGGACUCAAGCACACCCUCGGCAUCAAUCGUUUUGCGGACAUGACCUGGGAGGAGUUCAAGGCGAGCAGACUAGGAGCGGCCCAAAACUGCUCGGCGACGCUUAAGGGGAAUCAUAAGAUGACUGACACUGCGCUUCCGGAGACGGUAUGUUUCGUGUCGGAUCGUAUCUUACAACAACACCCAAAUGCCAUUUUUUAUUCUGAUAAAUUUCAAUUUGAAAUUUACAGUACCACUGGGGCAUUAGAGGCUGCUUAUACACAAUUGACUGGAAAGGAAAUAUCUCUAUCAGAACAGCAACUUGUAGAUUGUGCUUCUGCAUACAAUAAUUUUGGAUGCAAUGGAGGCUUGCCUUCUCAGGCCUUUGAGUACAUCAAGUACAAUGGAGGCCUCGACACUGAGGAGACGUAUCCUUACCAAGGUGUCAAUGAUAUAUGCAACUUAAAGCCAGAGAAUAUUGGUGUCAAAAUUAUUGAUUCAAUUAACAUCACACUGGGGUCUGAGGAGGAGCUUAAACAUGCAGUUGGACUGGUUCGACCUGUUAGUGUUGCAUUCGAGGUUGUGACUGGUUUCCGGUUCUACAGGAAAGGAGUUUACACGAGUGACACUUGUGGGAAGUCUCCAAUGGAUGUGAACCAUGCAGUUCUUUCUGUCGGCUAUGGAGUUGAAGAUGGUAUUCCCUACUGGCUUAUCAAGAACUCAUGGGGUGGAGACUGGGGCGAUCAUGGCUACUUCAAGAUGGAGCUUGGCAAGAACUUGUGUGGCGUCGCAACUUGUGCAUCUUACCCCAUUGUUGCUGUGUAGAAUCUUCCAUAAAUUAAAAUGAUGAGCUUAAAAGUUGUUAUCUUUA